UCACAUACUAUUAUAUUAAUAUGUAACAAGUCACAUUUGAUGUGAUCGACUCCAAAUAUUCUGCUAAUACUUAUUACUAAUAUUACUAAAAUAUACUCCACAACACCAAAGUUCAUAUUAUCCAUCUUUUACUAGUCAAACAUAUCACCAAGCAUUCAAUUUUACAUUUAUCUGCGGCCAAAAUAUAGAAUAAUAGUAUCACCUAUAUUCAUGCCAAAUAACAUCGUUUAUGUAGACCUACGUACAUACAAAAAAAAAUACUAUAGUAUUUCCCAAUAGUAAUCACAUGUCUUUGUUAUAAAUUUUUUAAUAUAAACGAAAAGUAUUUUAUUUAUCAUGCAUUAUAUAUCGAAUUUGAUAUGUAUAUGGAGGAACGUUAUUUAAGAUUGGUUCCAAAAAUUCCCUCGGAUUUCAAGUUUAAGCUCCUCUAAUUAUCUACUUUUCAUUUAUUAUAAAAAUGAACCAAAAGGGUUCAAAACUCCGUAGCAAAGGCCACACCGGAACUCCUAGUCGCGGACGAAUGGAGUAAUUUUUAGAUAAUAUUUAUUCAAAAUAAAUUAUAAAUUAUAUUUCUAAAUAUGAUAGUUGCCAUCAGAGCAUCUCUUUUUUGGAUAUAACUCAACAACCACUCCCCCACCCCCUCUAAUUUAUACGCAGACGCAAACCAAAACUAAUCAAAUCAAGUGAAAGAAAACGAUAGGCACAUUGAUCAUGUGCGUCUCGAUAUUACUCUCCUUCCUCCCCCUACUCCUACUUUCAAUAUCCACACUCAUUCAAUGGAGAUUCAGCCCAGCCCGGCAUCAGCAAAACUCGGGCCCGAUCUCCUAUCCCAUGAUCGGAUGUUUGAUCUCUUUCUACAAGAACCGCCGUCGCCUCCUCGACUGGUACACCGACAUGCUAUCAGCGUCGCCGUCCCAGACGAUCCUCAUCUCCCGAUUGGGUGCACGGCGGACCAUCGUAACGGCCAACCCACGAAACGUAGAGUACAUCCUAAAAACUAACUUCACCAACUUCCCCAAAGGGAAGCCCUUCACAGACAUACUCGGAGACUUUCUUGGCAAUGGGAUAUUCAACGUCGACGGCGACAUGUGGUACCACCAGCGCAAGCUUGUCAUGCAUCAGUUCAACGCGACGUCGUUGAGGGCCUACGUGGAGAAAGUGCUGAAGGACGAGGUGGAGAAGAAGCUUCUGCCGACAAUGGAAUCCGCGGCGGUAGAGGGUAGGCCGGUGGACUUGCAGGAGCUGCUGAGGAGGUUUGCCUUCGAUCUCGUCUGCAGAGUUUCGUUAGGGUACAACUCAUGUUGCUUGGAGUACGACUGUUUGGAUGCGCGGCAGCCAAUUUUGGAAGCGUUCGACACAGCGUCGGACAUCUGCGCGAGGAGAGGGGCGGCGCCGCUAGCGGCUGUGUGGAAGAUUAAGAGGUUUAUGGAUUAUGGGUCGGAGAAGAGGUUGAGAGAAGCAAUUGGGAAGAUCCAUUUAUUUGUAGAUGGGAUAGUUAGGGAGAAGAAGAGGAAAAUAAUGAGCUGUUGUGAGAAAGGUGAAGAAAGAUGGGAUGAAAUGGAUCUUGCUUCCAAAAUGGUUAGGGAUGGGAUGGAUGAUGAGUUUGUGAGAGAUACUAUGAUAAGCCUCAUCAUGGCCGGCCGCGACACGACGUCGGCAGCCAUGACGUGGCUUUUCUACCUGCUCUCGUGCCACCCCCACGUGGGGAACGAGAUGGCACGAGAGCUGACAGCAAUCCAGUGUGGCGACACGUCAAUAUUUGAGAGGCUGAAGGAGCUGAGGUGGCUGAAAGCUUGCAUCUGUGAGUCAAUGAGGCUAUUCCCACCAGUUGCAUGGGACUCGAAGCAUGCCACGGCCAAUGACGAACUGCCAGAUGGAACCAAGGUCCGGGCUGGCGACCGGGUCACCUAUUUCCCCUAUGGCAUGGGGAGGAUGAAGAGCCUCUGGGGUGAGGACCGGUUCGAGUUUAAACCAGAGCGGUGGGUUUCUGAGGUGGAAAGAGGUAAGGUUAAAGCGUUGAAGAAUUACGGACCGUAUAAGUUUUCGGUGUUCCAAGCCGGUCCAAGAGCUUGCCCCGGCAAAGAAAUGGCGUUCGUCCAAAUGAAAUAUGUAGUGGCUUCGAUCAUGGAGCGGUUCAUGAUCAGACCCGUCAUUCCAGACCAGCCGGUUUUCGUGCCUCUCCUCACUGCUCACAUGGCCAGAGGAUUCAAGGUGUUAGUCAGUCGAAGAUAGCGGCGACACACAUGAUCACAAUGUACAAGGAAUUUUUGCUGAAACCCAAGUUUCAGUUUUGUGAUAUCAAUCAAUCAACACAAUAAGUAGAUUGUCUUGCCUGAUCAA